CAAAUCUCACUUUACCAUUAAGCAACUGCGGGCGGAGAUGGCAGGGUAUAGAGUGGAAGAUGACUAUGAUUGCCUCUUCAAAGUUGUUCUUAUAGGCGACUCCGGAGUAGGAAAAUCAAAUCUCCUUUCCAGAUUCACCAAAAACGAGUUCAACCUCGAGUCUAAAUCCACCAUUGGGGUCGAGUUCGCCACUCGCACCUUAACAGUCGAGGGUAAGGUCAUUAAAUCUCAGAUUUGGGACACCGCUGGUCAAGAGAGGUACCGUGCCAUCACCAGUGCAUACUACCGUGGAGCCGUUGGCGCACUCCUAGUAUAUGAUGUAACCCGCCGUGCAACGUUUGAGAACGGAGACCGGUGGUUAAAGGAGCUCAAGAACCACACUGACCCAAACAUUGUGGUGAUGCUCGUUGGUAACAAAUCUGAUCUGCGACAUUUACUAGCCGUUCCCACAGAAGAUGGGAAAUCCUAUGCUGAGCAGGAAUCGCUUUGCUUCAUGGAAACAUCUGCCCUCGAAGCCACCAACGUGGAGGACGCCUUUGCUGAGGUGUUAACACAGAUUUACCGCAUUACAAGCAAGAAGCAAGUCGAAGCUGGUGAAGAUGGGAACGGAUCUGUCCCUAAAGGUGAGAAAAUCGAAGUUAAAAACGAUGUCUCUGCUCUAAAGAAACUUGGCUGUUGCUCAAAUUGAAAGGCUUUUUAUAAAAAAAUCUGUUGAGAAAGAGUUAUAACCCAAUGGUCCAUUGUUUUAUUAUGUUCUUGUUUUGUCACAAUAUGAACAUAAGAUUUAGACUAUAGAUGAUAUAACAAUGUUUCUUCAACUUUAUUUCAAAGUAUUGUUGGUCAACCA